UGAGUGCAAGAAAUUUUGAGUUGAAAUGACAUCGACUGGGGAUAAAAGAUCCCAGCAGAAAAAUGUGAUUGUGAAUCCUCAGCCACCAGAAUAUCGUAACCCAAACAAACCUAGCUGCAUGACAAAUCAGCUGCAGUAUUUGGAAAAAGUGGUGGUUAAAGCUCUUUGGAAGCACCAUUUUGCAUGGCCAUUCCAACAACCUGUUGAUGCUGUGAAGCUGAACUUGCCUGAUUAUUAUCAGAUUACAAAGAACCCAAUGGAUUUGGGUACCAUCAAAAAACGCUUGGAAAAUAGAUAUUACUGUAAAGCUAUGGAGUGUAUAGAGGACAUAAAUACAAUGUUUACUAACUGCUAUGUAUAUAAUCGGCCAGGGGAUGACAUAGUUGUAAUGGCACAAACAUUGGAGAAGCUUUUUCUACAGAAGGUGUCACAAAUGCCACAAGAGGAAAUAGAACUUCCUGUGGCUAACAAAAGAGGAGGGAAUGGCAAAGGAAGGAAAGGAUCAGUGCCAGCGGUGUCCUCAACUGGACAGUCAAAAUUAUGUCCACCCACAACUGUAGCUGGAAGUCAGAAACCAAUGGUUGUACUACCACCUCAGUCACGAAUACCUUCAUUGUCAGCCACUACACACACUCCUUUAAUACCAGCUGGACAGCCUGUUACAAAAGCAAAGAAAGGUAUUAAAAGGAAGGCAGACACUACUACACCCACUACUUCAAUUUUCACAAUGAGUAGUGCGUCCUCGCCAGUACACUCGGAUCACAAGCCUACAAAAAUCUGCACCCUGAGUGAAAUCAGUCAGUCAAGUAAGCCGCCUACAAAGGAUCUACCAGAUUCUCAACAGCAUCCAGCUAGGAAAAAAGAAAAGUUGACAACACACUUGCAAUUUUGCAAUAAUAUUCUCAAAGAAAUGUUUGCAAAGAAGCACGCAGCAUAUGCGUGGCCUUUCUAUGAGCCGGUGGAUGCUGAAGCAUUGGGACUUCAUGAUUAUCAUGAUAUUAUUAAACAUCCCAUGGACCUUAGUGCUGUGAAAAGAAAAAUGAACAACCAAGAAUACAGAAAUAGCCAGGAGUUUGCUGCAGAUGUGAGAUUAAUGUUUUUGAACUGUUACAAGUAUAAUCCACCAGACCAUGAAGUAGUAACUAUGGGUAGAAAGCUUCAGGAUGUUUUUGAAACGCUAUUUGCACAAAUAUCUGAGCCUGUUAAAGCUGCAUCAUCGGCACAAUCCACAACUCAUUUCACUGAAUCAUCAAGUGAAGAUAGUGACAGUUUCUCUGCUGAAAGUAGCUCCGACAGUUUAAGAAAAGAACAGAAGGAUCGCCUUGCUCAGCUUCAAGAUCAGUUGAAAGCAGUGCAUGAUCAGCUCAAAGCAUUAACUCGAGCUCCACUGUCUAGGCUGAGGAAAAAGAACAAAGUCAAAAAGGAGAGGAGGAGGAAAGAUAAGAAAUUUAAGAAAAACUGUGAAAGGAAGAAAACUAAAUCCAAGCAAUUGCAGAAAAAGAAAUACAAGAAAAGCUCCGAGGAAAGAAGGAGAUCAAGGAGAACUAAGCAGCAAAUGCCAGUGUGUGAAUCAGAAGAUGAUGCUAAGCCAAUGUCUUAUGAUGAAAAGAGACAAUUAAGUCUCAAUAUAAACAAGCUUCCUGGUGACAAAUUGGGGCGCAUUGUUCAUAUAAUACAGGCACGAGAGCCGUCCUUAAGGGACUCUAAUCCAGAUGAAAUAGAAAUUGACUUUGAAACUUUAAAAUCCUCUACACUGAGAGACCUGGAAAGACAUGUUAAUACUUGUCUAAGAAAAAAGCAAAGAAAAACUUUCCCUAAAAAAUCUUCAGGAAAAUCUAAAGAAGAAAUUCAACUGGAGAAAAGGCAAGAGCUGGAAAAAAGAUUACAGGAUGUGAGUGGGCAUCUGAACUCUGGAAAAAAACAAAAAAACUCUCAGAAGAAUAAUCCAGCUAUAGAUAUGGGCCAAUGUUCGAGAUUAAGUGAAAGCAGCAGCAGUUCCUCAGACUCUGAAAGUGACAGCAGCAGUAGUGAAUCUAGUUCUUCAGAUAGCAUUGACACUGAAUCAGAAAAAUCACCAAAGCAGAAAUGGAGCAAAAGUAAGGUUCUUCCUGUUGAAGAAAGAAAGCACAACCACCUAAAUUACAAGAUGAAAUAUUCUUUGCACCAAUCAUCAUUGAAUACUGUUCACCAAGAGCAGUCAUUGCCUGGUUGUAAAGUACCAGAGUCUCAGCAGAUGCAGAAACAACCUGCUUUGUUCAGUAGUCGGCAAGCAAAGAUGCAGCAUUCUGAGUCACAGCAACUUGUAUCAUUAAAAGAGCCAGCACGGAUCAUUAUUUCACCUCCAGGACUUCCUGCAGUUGUGUCCCCAUUGCAUUCACCUCCUUUGUUGAAAUUUAAAUGUCCGUCAGUGAGUCCUCCUCAUCUGUCCGCUCAUGUCAAGGGACCAAAGUCACCAGAAGAGGAACAUAAUAAAUUAGCAAUUAAUCAAACCAAGCCACCUCUUGAAACAUCCAGUGACCAAAUGCCAAUUAUGCGACAACAAAAUGUGGAAGCUGCCCCUCCUGGUGAAAUUAAAGCAACUGGCGACAAUAAACUAGCCUUGGAGGCUAAAGCCUGUCUUGUUACAAGGAAGGAUAUUGAGGUCAAGAAUGCAAAUUCUUGGGCAAGUUUGGGCAAAAUGACAACCACAACUCCACCAGCAAUAAAAUCUUCGAGUGAGAGUUUCAAAAUGUUUAGAAAAGCAGCAAUGGAGAAAGAACAACGUGAAAAAGCUUUGAAAGCUCAGCAAGAAAUGAAAAUGUGCCAUCUUGAACAAACUGAGAAUGAACAAAAGAAAAUGGCUUCGGAGCAGCAACGAGAAAAAGAGAAAGAAACUAUCCCAGAAGAGAGUCAAACGGUUCAAGUCGAAGUCAAUGAGAAAUUGACUGAGCAGACAAUGCAAGAGGAGAAUGAAGCACAACAGGAAUCAUUGGAUAAAGAAAGAGAAUUGGCUAGGAAAAGGGAACAAGAACGUAGAAGAAGAGAAGCAUGCAAUACCUCUCCUUGUUGAUGAAGGUCAACAGCGAAAUAGUGAAAACUAUGGGCUAUUUUCAAGAUCCGGGGAGCCGCCUCUUGGCGAAGGUAGCAUGCACCUUUGCCUUAAGCUGAAUGAAGAGAGAACUAUCUGUGAGCCAGGAUGUCAAACACAAAAAUUAAAGUCAUUAUUUAUUGGACCACAGUGAUCCCCUUGCUCCUGUACACAUUGAAGUCUUGGACUUCUACAAAGAGCAUUGCCAUCAGCAGUACCUUUUGCAAGACAAUCCAAGUCCUGUGGCAGGAAAGGCAUUCAAACGGCACCAUCCUAUCCCAAGCUAACAUUCCCAGCUUUGAGGCACAAAUCACUCAACCUGGAGCAUGACAUAUAUUCAUAUUCCUAUUGCCAGACUCUUGGAGCGAUUGUUCUUCUCUGAACUUGUGGGAAGAGAGGAGGACAGCAGAAACACUUGAGACAUCCUUAAAGCAUCUCUGAAGAAACCAACAUGUCUGUCAGUUCAUGGGAAUCCCUGGCUUGUGAUUGACCAAAAUUGAGAAUUUGGAAGAUACUAAACAUGGACUUCGUGAGACAUAUGCAGACAUGAAGUUGAGGCAUCUGAGAGAUUGUACAAACAUCCAAACAUCACUUCUGCCUGACCCCUCAAACAGUGCCUCCCAUUACAAGCAUCACCUAACCCCAAAUGCUGCAGUGGCUGCAGAUUACACGUUAAACUUUAUCAGACAUCUCAAAAUCCAUCAACACAGAGUGCAAGUGAAUCAUCUUCAAUCCUAAGUGUUUGUCUAAAAAGGAGGAUAUCAUCUUAAGAUCAUCUUUAGCAUUUAAAAAUUGAAGAACAACCCAAUUAGUUCACAAUUUUAGGUUACAGCAUAAAAAGAAUAUAUUUUAGUCUUAUGAAGGCUGAUUAGUUCUUUUAUUUGAGAACUUGGGUUCUAAAGAGAAGGAAAAAUAGAUUCUAAUUUUUCAAUUGUGUGAAUAUCUGACUUUUUAAAAUCAAACAUUAGUCAUUUCAAAACAGCUGAGGGAGAUGAUUGCUAAGGUUUCUGCUGACUUGAGUUGUAUGACUGCUAGGGGAGCAGGGGAGACCAAAGGAGUUCAUGCUGUUAUCAACAUUCUGCAAGCAGUUAGGGCUAGAGAGGAGUCCUGAAGUGCAUAGAAUUCAGAAGGAAGCUCCAGAAGCGCAAGGCUGCGGAGGUGUUAGUAAAGGAGACAUCUCAUAUGGUUGUUGAAGAGGUGACCUUAGGGCAUCCAUGUUAAGUAAUAGUGUUGUGAGUAGCAGUUUGUUUUAAAGGUCUAUUGAAAUGUUCUCUCUAAUGUUUCUUCCUGUUAUGCAGACCUGAGAGGUCCACCCACCAUAGUGGCUUCUGGAAACAGAAGCAAUAUAUCGGCACACUGAUUAACAUACACAGAACUUCUCAACAUCUAUGUAAGUGUGCAGCUUAGAGGGAACGUUGGUCUCUGGGAGGGACGUUAGCCUGAAGAAAGUAGCAUCAAGUAAGUGCACUGAAAUUUGUUGCAAGAAAGCCAAUUACAUCCAUGCCAGAUGCACAAGAUGCUUUAGUGUGGCGAUAAGGGUGACUAUGCAAUGAAGUUGAGUAUGUGCAAGUGCAUUGAUGGAAUAAAGUGGAUGAAUCUUUCUGAUAUUUGUGAUGAGAUUCUUCAAAUGUUCCUAAUAUUGUGAUAGUUUACACUAUCACAACUUUAAUAACGUUAUUAAUGAGACAUCAAAGAUAAACUGUUCCGCACAGAUAGAAGCAGCAAAUCUGUAUGUAAUAAACUGUUAAGGGACAAGCUCAAACUUCUACAAGAAUUGAAACCAAUUAGCCACGUCUGUGAAAAGAGGGAGUUGUAGGUCCUCUUGAGGCACAUGGUAAUGUUCCUACCUUGGACUAGGAGAUCAGAGCCUCUCUGCUCCUAUGAUGCUGCUUGGCCUGCUGUGUUCAUCCAGCCCUGCACCUUGUUGUCUAGGGUUCAGGUCCCACCUGCUCCAUUGGUGUGUAAUAACAUUUCUAAACAGGUUGAUUAGAAAAAUAGAUUAAACUUUUAAAAAGGCAGUUGAAACUAUAUGAACAAAUUUGCUUUGAUAUUUGAUAAGCUGACUGUUUUAUGCUACAAGGACAAGGAUUGCCCUGCAGAAGAAUUUAAGGAGUUAACUGCAGGAAAGCUGUGUCUUCAAACAGACAGCUAAUAGCGAAGUAACCAGGAACAGUGGAGCUACAUCUGAUAAGUCUGUAGCUUGUUUUCUUGCAGUAAUUUGGAUGAAAGGACUUAAAAAAUUAUCAAUAAUAUCACGGAGACCUGAAGGACACACGGGAUUGAACAGCAUAACACUCUCUUCAGCAGAACUCCGGAGAGCAGCUUUGCAUAAGGAUCAAAUGCCGGACACAUCCAGAGACAGACACUGUUAGUUGAAAUCUUUGCUAAGUUCCACCAUUAAUCGGGUAAUAGCCAAGUUGAGUUGUGAGGUUUAACUUGAUUAUUUGACGGUCUUAUUUUGGUUGCUGUAUGCAAUGCAGUUUAAAUCAUGGUUUCAGUACUUGAUUGUCUGUGAGAUUUCUUAAUAAGUAGCUGAAUAAAUGGUAACUUGUGAUUUGCCCACAACAAUAUAGUUUGUAAUAUAGUUUUUAUUUUUUUCUUUUCUAAACCUAUUUAUACUAUGUUGCAGCUUCUGGUGACUGUUGAGUAACUGACCUCCCAUGGUAGCCAAAAAGAAAAAUAAAACUUGUGGCCAGUCAAGCCAGGUUUUAUUCUGGCUUGUCCUAUAUUGCCAUCAGCUAGGAUCAUAAAACCAAGUAAUAGGAGUAACAGCCAUUUGUUUGUGUUUACAGUACACAUAGUAACAAAAUAAUAUGGUAACUCUAAGAACUAAGCCAGUACUUUGUAAAAAGGAUCUACAUUUUCUUUUGGAAGUUUUUAAAUGUUUAUUAACUUAAAUCAUUUCUUGGAAAUUCAAACUGAUCAAGUGUGUAACGGAAUACUGUCCACUUGCCUGGAUGAUGAGUGUAAUUCAAACAACACUCAAAUCCAGGAUAAAGCAACUUGCUUAAUCAGCAACCCUUAAACACUCUUUCUGAACUCUCUUCAUCACCACACAAUGACACAACAGUGCAUAUCAUCUAUAAAAUGCACAGCAGCAACUUGUCAAGUUUGCUUUCUAUGGCCCCUCCCAAACCUGCAACCUCUACCACUUAAAAGGAGAAGGGCAAAAGAUGCAUGGGCACAAUACCACUUAUCCCUCCACCCUUAACCAUUCUGACUUGGAACUAUAUCAUACCUCCUUCACUGUCACUACAUCAAAAACCUGGAACUCCCUCCAUAAGAUCAAAGUGGUUGUGCCUAAUUCAUAUGGACUGCAGCAAUUCAAGAAGACAGCUCACCACCACCAUCUAGAGGGCAAUUGGGGAUGGGCAAUAAAUGUUUGCUUUGCUACAAACAUCAGUAUCCC